UAAUUGAAUCAACUAUUAAGGAAUGAAUCAUGUGUUACGCUAUAAAUUAACUCGUUACUUUGAAGCCACCGCUCGUUGCUGUGGAUCGCACGUUCUCCUUGUCUUUGUGGUGGUGGCCGUCGUCGUGUUUCGUCACUUUGAAGCCAUUAUCGUUAUCUUUUAGAGUUUCACGAUCUUUACUGAACCAAAAAGAAAUUUAAGCGGACAAUUCCAGAGAGAUUCAAUAAUUUCCCCAAUUCGAGUCCUCACCAAUUUGACAGAGGGUUAGUGAAUUCUACUCAAAUAAGAGCGAUAUAGGUUUUAAUAUCAAGAAAAUAACAUGGAGCAGCGCAAGGAGGAGAAAAACAAGUACAGUAUUAUAAUCCCAACCUACAAUGAGCGCCUCAACAUUGCCCUCAUCGUCUACCUCAUCUUUAAGCAUGUCAGGGAUGUUGAGUUUGAAAUUAUUGUUGUUGACGAUGGGAGUCCUGAUGGUACUCAAGAUGUUGUAAAGCAGUUGCAGCAAGUUUACGGUGAAGAUUGCAUUUUGUUAAGACCAAGGCCGAAGAAGCUUGGUUUAGGAACGGCUUACAUUCAUGGUUUGAAGCAUGCAUCUGGAAAUUUCGUUGUAAUCAUGGAUGCUGAUCUAUCCCACCAUCCAAAGUACUUGCCAAGCUUUAUCAAAAAACAGUUGGAGACUGGUGCAAGUAUAGUCACUGGAACCCGGUAUGCUCAGGGCGGCGGUGUACAUGGUUGGAAUCUUAUGCGCAAACUAACAAGUAGGGGAGCAAAUGUUCUUGCACAAACACUUCUGUGGCCUGGUGUAUCUGAUUUGACAGGGUCUUUCCGGCUUUAUAAAAAAUCAGUUCUCGAAGAUAUAAUAACCUCAGUUGUUAGCAAGGGGUAUGUCUUUCAAAUGGAGAUGAUUGUUCGGGCUUCCAGAAAAGGGUACCAUAUUGAGGAGGUUCCAAUUACUUUUGUUGACAGAGUUUUUGGAAGUUCAAAGCUUGGAGGAUCUGAGAUUGUUGAAUAUCUGAAAGGUGUUGCUUAUCUUCUGGUUACAACAUAAGGGGUCAUUUGAACCUCGUGCUCCGUGAAAUGUUGCAUUUCUCCUAAAGAAUUUAAUAGGCUUUCAUCAUCAUCUUUUUAUGUUUUCUAGUUAUGAUGCGUCUAUUUUUAUGAAGAGUUUUUAUAUGGAGUGAUAGGUUAUACAACACAAGCUUAUCAAUGCUUUUAAUGAAUUGUUUAUCGAGUUCAAAUCACA